GAUCAAACAUUGUAUCGCAAUUGACAUGACGAAUUACCCAGGUGGCAAACUGAUCGAACCGAAGCUUGCAUGUGCCGACCACAUGUGUGAGGUACUCAAAGGAUGGAAGGAUGGCCAGAUUAAGUGGAGGUGUGAAGAGCUAGCUGCACUCACCGUGAUAGUCAACCCCAAUGAGACUGCCCGCUCUAUUGCAACAGAUGGUGAGGACGAGGAGAAUAACAUUGGGUCAGCGAAUAUCCCUUCAGGAUCUGCAGCCCUGGCUGUCACCCCAUCUCCUCUCCAACCUAACGCCACUCAGGCCCCAAUAGUGACAAGUGGAGAGGCAGCGACUGCUACCCGAGGUCGCAAACGUAAAGCACCGCAAAAUUCGAACCCCUGACAGAAGAAACAGCCAGCGUCUGCUGUUGCAUGCUAGAGAGGACGGAAAUUGGUGAGGGAUGAAGUUUUCCCAACACGUGUCAAAGGUUG